CAGUUUUCGUGCAAACAUCGGUGCAGUGUAAUCAUUCUUCACGACGACAAUGAAGUCAAUCGCGAGUGGUCUGGUGCUGUUCCUCAGCCUGUCGGUGGUGCUCAUCUACGCCGACAGUCGCCAGUGGGGUCGCCGUGUGGCCGGCGAUCGGCGCCUGGAUUAUGCGGUCGUCGUGAACAACUCCCUUCCGGUUCCGCAGAAAAGUAGCGUCCACCAGUACAGGCCAGCUCCGGGAGCCUUCCGGCCACCGAACAUCACGGCCAUAUACGCGCUAGACAACGUGCCGGCCGGGCGCGGUGGCACGGCGGCAAUUGUUUCCGGCGGAAUAAAUCAAACCAAUGUCACCCUGAAGCUCACCUCUCAACCGUAUCAGCGGUUCAACUUCACGAUCGAGAUUUAUGGCAAGUAACCGAGGGGAGCCGGUGGAACCCUAGCGCCUGGGAAGAACACAGAACUUCAAGGAUACCGUUCCAUUCGACUGGCUCGGCUGGCAGGCUGGCUGGUUGGUUGGGUGAACGCCAGCAGCAAGCCAACCCCGAAAAAGGAUUGUUUUUGUUUCGACGGAACGGACCGAGCCGGUUCUUCCGUUUGUGUGUUAAAGGAAACGAAUGCUUGAAAAACUACAAAAGAAACACGGGAAGCAGAUUCCUGCCAAAAGUAA